GUCAAAAUCAGGACGAGAUGUCUGACUCACUUCUGCUCUCUGCACAGCGGAGCUUUAGCUCUCACGCCACCUCCACCGUCAGUGACGUCUGCGUCACGUGUCCAUCUCUUCCCUCCGUACGUCCGUCGUAUUUUCCUCCUCUCACUGCCUGCUUUUACACUGAGAAAUAAACAAGCGCAAAAAAGGCUGCCGUUGUGGGGACCGGUCUGGCUCCAGUGUCACGUUUAUCACCAGCCUAUGGACAGAGGGGGCUUACACCUAUAAGUUGCCAUCAGUGAAGCCCAAAUCUCCCGUCAGUUUCUGCCUCCACUGAGCCCAUAUUAUUGUAAACUUUUUAAAGCCUGCGCUGCAUACACUGAGCUCCGACAAAGCGAGGUCUGUGUGUCUCCAUAUGUACGGUCUGUGCUAGUGUUGGGUGAGAACGCCAUCUUUCCAAAGAACAUCUGUCUGAACAUCAGAACCACCCACUUGCACAAAUGUAAAGUAGACUAUCUUAAGCAACACAUUCACAAGUUUUCCCUUUUUAAAAUUGCGGUGGGAACGACAAGGGGACCUAUGGACAAGUCCCGCUGUCCUCCUUCCCCAAUGCCUGGUCUAUAACGACCCAUAUUCUCACUCACACCCCACUUUCAACCAUUUGACCAACCCUCCCCACCCUGUCGUCAUAUAAUGGCCAGUAAGAGGAAGUCUACCACUCCUUGUAUGAUUCCCAGCAAGAUCGUAUGCCCAGCAGAUGAGGUUGAACAGGACUCUCUGGUUCUUCUCCGUCAAUCCAGGAUUUCUGGAGGGGGCAGACAUAGCCCGCUCGACCCAGGAGAGUCUUCCAAACCAGAGCUGGGGGAUGCUGUCAAAGAUGGUGCUGGCACAUACACCUGUAAGCCUUGUAACUUUGAAACGCAUGACCUUAACUUGUUCUUGGAUCAUGUGUACUCUGGGCACCCAGACUUUCGUGCGGACCCCAGCUUCUUUUGCGUGAGCUGUGGGUUUUCAGCGCCCAAGUUUGAAGGGCUGGCCCUGCAUAAUGCCAGGGUUCACCCCAGCACAUUGAACACAACUCUGCAGCUGAGGAAGAGGGACAGGAGAGUAGUAGUGGAGCAGAAUCUGGUGACUGGGGCAGAGACAGGGAAGGAUAGCGAGAUCUCCAUCACUAAAACCCCGAUUAUGAGGAUGCUGAAGGGCAAAUCGGAGUCUAAGCGGAUAGUGGUGUCUCACCCAGUCUCUGACGAUGCUUCCUCAGACCCACACUCUAUCUCUGCAUCCAGAGAGACAGAAAGAAAAGAGCCUACUGCAGUGACAGUCACACAUGUUCCCACAAUUGUCCACAAUGGAACAACCAAGGUCACUCUGCCCUCAGGAAUCCAGAUAGUCAACGGCUCUGGAGCAUUACCAGUGCUCAAGACUCCCAUCACACAGGUGGUCUCAGUGGUUCAAAGCAGAAGCCUUCAUCAAUCUGCGCCAAUCACAGCCUCCUCAAAUAUUUCUGCUGCUUCGUAUUCAACCUCCAAAAAUCUCCCCAAGGUGAUGAUUCCUUUGAGCAGUAUCCCUACCUACAGUGCCUCCAUGGACUCCUCUUCCUUCCUGAAGACCUCCUUCAGUAAGUUCCCGUACCCCACAAAGGCGGAGCUCUGCUACCUGACUGUGGUCACAAAGUUCCCUGAAGAGCAGAUCAAGAUCUGGUUCACAGCCCAGAGACUAAAACAAGGCAUCAGCUGGUCUCCUGAGGAGAUCGAGGAGGCCAGGAGAAAGAUGUUCAACACCAUCAUCCAGACUGCACCUUCCAGCUCGCACAACCAGAGCCAGAGUAACCAUAGCCCGGCCCAACACACAAUCACAGUCUUGCCUGCCUCACUGGGGGCUACUGGGAUCCCUCACAUCCUGCAGGGCUCUCUUGUCAGCCAAGGAGGGGUAAUCGUCACGCAGCCUGUAAUGGCAAAUGGUAUCCAGGUUAGCAGUGCACCCGUGGCCCUGGCUGUCACACCUAAGCCCCAGGCAGCAGCCCGCCCCAUGAUGCAGGCCCGACCUGCUGCCGCCCUAGUGGCAGACAAAGGCAUCAGCAUGGUGGUGGGGACGGUGGGUAGCAGCAGCAGCACUGGGAGCAACAUCAUUAGCAGCAGUAAUAGUAGUAGGAGUGGAAGAGGAGGCACUAGCAGUAUUAUUACUAGCAGUCAAGCUAGUGUCAUCAACCUUAGUCUAGGAGGCAGCAAUCUUAGUGAUGCUAAGGUUAGCAGUGUUAAUGGUAAACACAAUAGUGCUAAUGCAGACUGCAGUAACAAGAGCAAUAGUAAUAUCACCAGCCAUAUCAAUGCUAAGAACUUAAAUAUCAGCAAAGCCAACAACACCAGCAGUGUGAAGAGUGACAACAAAGUAACCACAGGAAGCAAAAACACCACAGACAACAAAUCUAAUAACAAAACAGACAGUGAUGGACAUAAGAGUAAAGAUACCAACGGUAGCAGCAACAAAAACAACACAACUAGCACAAGUGCAGAUGAUGUUGACACCGCCACCAGUGACUCUCCCACCAUCAAAAUGGAGGAGGCGUCUUCCCCUGCCUCAAAGUCUUCUUCCCCCUCUUCUGUAGCACCUUUAAGCAGCACACUUGGCUCUCAGACACCUGUUAAUGCGUUCCUGGACCCCAGCUUUUACAAGGGCAAGAAGUCUCAGGGGCAGCUCAACAUUCUGAAGGACAGUUUCCAGGUCAGCCAGUUUCCCGACCAGGAGGAGGUGGACCGCCUCAUUGCUCUGACUGGGCUCACAGUACGAGAAGUCCGCAAGUGGUUCAGUGACCGGCGCUACCACUUUCGCAACCUCAAAGGGACACGCUCCAGCACAGGCGGACAGAAUAAGUCUGGCACUGCAGCGGGAGCAGGGAGCGCUUCAAGUACGCCAGGGAGCGGCAACGCUGGCAGUGCCAACCCUGUUGAUCUGACUGAAAGUAGCUGCAACUCUGGUGCAAAAACGCCCCAGCACAGCUCUGCACCCCUGAGCCCAACGGCAUCACAGACUCCCACCUCUCCCACCACACCUUCCCGCCGACUCCCCAGACCUCCUUCUCCUGACUUCACAGCUAUUCGCUACAAGGAGCGAGAGCCUCAUCAGGUAAAGGCUCUAGAGGCCAGUUUUGGCCAGGACCCUGACCCAGCAGGGGAGGAAGUGGACAGACUGCGAGCUGAGACCAAGAUGACCAGAAGGGAGAUCCAUGGCUGGUUUGCUGACAGGAGGAAGAGAGUGGCAGCCGAGAAAAAGAAAGAGGAGGCGGAGCGGGCGAUGAGAGAGGAGAUGGAAGUUGAUGGGGAGGAGAGACAGAAGGAGGACGGUUCAGGAGAACUGAAAGUCAACCCUAUUAAAAUCAAUCUGAAGAUGCUCAAGGUGACAGAGGCCAAUGGCAAAGCGGAGGGUGAAGGGUCGGAUAGCCUGCUUCAAUCCAGCAGCACACCUGCAUCCUCCCCAGGCCCCACUCCAUCCUCCAACCCCAAACCAUCCCAACCCUCCACCCCAACACCCAAAGCAUCCCCCUCCCCCAAACCCUCAGCCAUUCGAGGUAAGAAGACAGCGGAGCAGCUGCGAUUGCUCAAACAAGUCUACGCCCGUACCCAGUGGCCCAGCGCUACUCAGUAUGAUGAACUGAUCUCAGCCACUGGACUGCCCAGACCUGAGGUAGUGCGCUGGUUUGGGGACUGCCGUUACGUGCAGAAGAACGGCCAGCUGAAGUGGCUGGAAGCUUACCAGAGCAUGGCUCUGGAAGAGGAACUCAAUGAGGCGAACACACGGAUUCUCCAGGCCCACCGCGACGUCCACGGCAGCCUGGAGGAGUCGCAGUUGCAGGAACUGGUUGAUGCUAGUGGUUUAACAGCAGACUUGGUGCGAUAUUGGUUCUCCACCAAGGCAUCUUUGCCCCGUUUGGAACAAACUGCUGCUGCUCAUGAGACAGAACCAAGACCAGUUGCACCAGAAGCAGCAGCAGCAGAGCCACGAACAACGGGAUCCUCCCCAAUGGAGCCGCAGCCAGGAGGAGGGACGGAGGAGAAAAUGGAGCAGUCGGUGUGUGGUGUCGCCACAGAAGCAGAGGAGGCCAACGCUGACGAGACUGUGAAUCCUACUAAAGGAACCGAUUAAAGAGGCCUUUUGUACGAGGAUGGAGUUCACAACGCAGGUGGUCUUUGUGUCGAUAGUCUGAGGGAAAGACGGCAGAUGCGGUUGUAACAGGAUCACUGGAUGGAAAUGGACCUUGAAACCAUCCUCACCCAUUCCUCUCUCUCCUUCUCGCUCACACUAACUUCCCCGCUUCCCCCCCUUCCUAUCCAUCCACCCACUCCCUGCUCUCCUUCUCCCGUUGUGUCUACCCCUCCGCUACACAGACCUUCUCCAGUAUCCUCCUGUCCGCCAUUUUCCCUUCAGAAGGAAGUUCCGGUAGAGACUGAAGUGCAGGAGUGGAUGUGGUGGAGGGAGGGAGGGGCCGGGCUGACGGCGUUUUUCUGCCGUGUUUGUUCCGCCUGCCUGCUGUGAUGGGAGAAAGGGGGGAAAAAAAAAAUAAAAAAUUUGGAGGGAAAGUGUGAUGGGACCUCAGCAGAUGUUUGUUGUGGGGGGAGGGGUUGGGUUUUUGGAAAGUUAUCGACCAAAUCAACCCUCAGAUGAGGAGCGACGGGGUGUUGAAAGCCUGUGCAUAGUUUGUUUUGGGGUACGAAAAGCUGCACAGCUCUUUGCUGCAGGGUGCUUGCCUUAAAGUAAAUUUAAAUUACCCUUCUUUUUCCAAUGUGUUAUCUUCAUACUCUCUUUUCCCACCAACUUGCACUCACACUUUGACUUCUUACUUGCAGCUUACUUCAAAUGUGCUAGCUAGGCUGUUCAGUGUCUUGUGUGAAGCACAGCACUGAUGUUCAUUUGAUCAUGUCUUUGUCGGACAUCUCUUUGUACUCACUUUUCAUUUCUUAUAUGUACAUAUUUGGUUAAAUAGGACAUUAAAUUGUCCAGUUUAGGGUAAAACGUCUGGAAUCUGUCAUCCAAAGAGGGCAAGCACCCUGAUGUGUUUUAAAGUGACACAAUAUAGUAGACUACUGUAUAUGGAAUCUGGUGUGUGUUGUAGCAUGAAGUGCUUCUUUGUCACUCAUGUACGUAUGUUUGUUUUUAUGGAACUUUCCUACGAAAUAAAUUAAAUUUGACUGUAGAAGAACUGUGAACCUUUACCUGAGUUCCAUACUUAGCUUGAUGUAUAAUUUUUACAGAUGGUAUUUGCAGAAUAAACGGAAUGUAAUAAA